GAAAAAAGAUUAGGAGCAUUAAAACUGUUAAAUUUAAUUUAAUCAUUAAUACAGGUGAUGAGAUAACGUCAAAAUGCAAGAUAUUGAUUAAUAUAAAAACCUUAUAGAAUAUUUCAGAGACAUAGUUGUGUAAUCGACACAAGGGCUUAAACACCAUCAAGAUGAAAUUCCUGGUUCUCCUUCUCAUCGCCGCCGUCGCCACGGCCAAGCCCAGGUCUGGGGUCUCUGAAGUAGAGCAGAUUAUUGCUGCCAUCCAGAGCCCCAGCACCAACCCUGCCACCGCCGCCGCCCUCGAGCAGAUGCUGCAGGACUUGCUCGGCUUCGAGCCCAUCGCAGUCGGCCCCGCCAUCGUUGACACCGUCGACCCAGUCGUCGUCGUCGACCAGCCCUCCCCCAUCCAAGUCGGACCCGCCAUUAUUGACACUGUCGACCCCGUCACCGUCGUCGACCACCCUGCUGUCAUCGUUGAGCCUACCCCUGUGGCCCUCCCUGAAUCCGUGGAAUCUACCCCCAUCGUUGAGGCUACGCCCAUCGCCCCCCUCGUCCAGAUCAUCCUGAACAUCAACCAGGCUCAGUCUGCCCCCGAGGUGAUCCCUCCCGCGGUUGUUGACGUGCCCAUCGAGACUCCCGUCGCCGUUGAUCCUGUCAUCGUCGUCGACCACGCCCCCGUCGAGCCCUCCCCCGUGAUCGUGGCCCCCGCCCCCGUGGACCCCGUCGUCGUUGUGGACCAGCCCUCCAUCAUCCCCGACCCCGUGGUGCUCCCCACCCCCGUGCUCCCUGAGGUGGUCCCCGAGCCCGUGGUCCUCCCCGCCCCCGUCCUCCCCGAGGUCAUCCCUACCCCUGUGGUCCUCCCCAGCCCCGUGCUGCCGGAGCCCGUCGUCAUCCCUGAGGCCGUCAUCACCCUCCCUGAGGAGCUCAACUCAAACAUGCAAUUCUUAAUCCUCGCUGCCGCCGUCGUCGCCGUGGCCGUCGCUGGUCCCUACCAGCGCGCGCUUGUCAUCCCCGAAGUGGCGGGCCCCGUCCCCAUCGCGCCCGGCGCGGAACUGCCCGCCCCAAUCGUCAUCCCCGACAUCGCUGGACCCGCCCCCAUCGUGAUCCCCGACAUCGCUGGACCGGCACCCAUUGUCAUCCCUGAAAUUGUGGGACCUGCCCCCAUCGUGAUCCCUGAAAUUGUGGGACCUGCCCCCGUCGUGGUCCCCGAGCCCAGCCCCGUCGAGGUCGUCGAUGUGGUGCCUUCUCCCGUGGUCGUGGUCCCCGCCCCCGUGCCCAGCCCCGUCGUGGAGCCUGAGCCCAUCGCCGUCGGCCCUGCUAUCAUUCCCGACUUCGAAGCCGCCCCCGCCCCCGCCCCCGCUGCCAGCGCUCCCCUCGUCCAGAUCAUCCUGAACAUCAACCAGGCUCAGUCUGCCCCCGAGGUGAUCCCUCCCGCGGUUGUUGACGUGCCCAUCGAGACUCCCGUCGCCGUUGACCCCGUCAUCGUAGUCGACCACGCCCCCGUCGACCCCUCCCCCGUGAUCGUGGCCCCCGCCCCCGUCGACCCCUCCCCCGUGAUCGUGGCCCCCGCCCCCGUGGACCCCGUCGUCGUUGUGGACCAGCCCUCCAUCAUCCCCGACCCCGUGGUGCUCCCCACCCCCGUGCUCCCUGAGGUGGUCCCCGAGCCCGUGGUCCUCCCCAGCCCCGUGCUGCCGGAGCCCGUCGUCAUCCCUGAGCCCGUCAUCACCCUCCCCGAGGAGCUCAACUAAGCAUUUGCUGUGUGAAAUACUCUGUUAAUCACAUUCCACUGUUAUAGGGAUGUUCGGACUUUCUAACAACACCUUGAAACGCUUGUAUGUCCACGAAAUAAAUAAAUUUAUGUGAAUAAAGAUCUGGUCCCAAUUA